AUGAAUAGUGCAACAAGUACUCCUCCUCCUACUGCUUCUUCAACUACUAUGAAUGAUGAUAAAAUAUCAGAUCAAUUAAUUAUUAAAGCACAAUUAGGUGAUGAUAUUCGUAAAAUGAUGAUACAUAAUGAAGAUUUAACAUUGAAUGAACUUGUUCUUAUGAUGGAACGUAUAUUUACUGGUAAAAUCUCCAAUUCUGAUGAAAUAACGAUUAAAUAUGUAGAUGAUGAUGGUGACAAAAUUACUUUACUAAAUGAUAGUGAUCUAACUGUUGCAUUACAUUUUCAUAAAUUUCUUCGUUUAUUCAUAUUUGUUAAUGGUGCUGAACAGACAAAUGUUAAUAAGAAUGACGAUUCAAUUAAUGCAAAUAUAUUUCGUACUGAAUUACAAGAAAUUCGUAAUUCAGUACAAAUGAUUCUUGAUCGACUUCAAAUGUCAACAAAUGACGUGUCAAGUACAACAGCAACAGCUUCUUCAUCACGUGAAUUGGAUUCACAUAAACAAGGACAACAAACUUCGACUAUGUCAGAUAAUAAUCAAGUGCAUUCAAAUCAUUUAGCUAAUAAUGAACAUCAAUCAGUUAAUACACAACAUCUAGAAUCAACAGAUAUAAAUAAAAUAUCACAAACACAAAUGCCACCAACAUCACAUUUUGUACCAUCGGGAUUUAAUAAUGAACAACAAACUAAAACAAAUAUAUUUGGUCCUCCGCCAACAACAUUUCCUGGUAUGCCACCUUUACCAAACAAUGCAAUUCCUCAAUUUCCUCCAACAACUAAUACUGCACCAUCACCUCAUAAUCAACCACCAACAUUUACUAGUCAACAAGCACCAGGACCUCCUCCUUCUCUUCAACAAAGUGGUUUUUAUAGUCAACAACAAGGUUUAUAUCAACAAAGACCAUCACAUCCAGGUUUUAAUACAAAUAAUACAUUUGCUUCCCAACAACCACCAGCAACAAUCAAUUCAUCAUUUAUUCAACAACCAUCAUUACCACCAAUGAAUUCUCAACAACCACAAGUACCACCGAUGAAUUCUCAACAACAAUACGGAGCUUAUCCUCCACAAAAUUCUUAUUAUAAUCCUGGUCAUCAACACUAA